UGCUUCAUUCAGUUGGUUACUAAAAUCCUCCCAGUCGUUGAAAGUACCUCUCCUGGGAAUAAACCAAUCCCUAGCAUCUUUUCGUAGUAAUUCCUAAACUGAUUUAAAAACUUGUCCAGGGAUACUUUACGGAAUUCAGCCAGCCUCUCCACUUCUUCAAGAAAUCCGUUCACACUCCCAGUGCCAUCAAAGGAAAUGUUCCACUUGUGUACCGGGAUAGUUGGUAUUGUUGAUCGGGACUCCGGCUCUGAUCUGGCAGGUGUUGUGAUAACUGGUCGGUCAGGACUUAUCCAAGGUGCGGGUAAGUUUGGGAAAGACACCCUUCGUGUAGAAUUAAUCCAUCUACCCUGUGUCGGACCCUCAGGUGUUGAUGUCCCACAGUCCUGUGACUGUGUGAGUGGUAUCGCUGGUAAUUGUCGCAGUGUACCAGUACAUGAGACAUUGACUACUACAGGAGGAUCGACACCAUCUCCCAAGUCGAUAAGUGAUGUCUCAACCCUUGAUAUCCUCUCCGGCUGGAUCGGCGACAUCCCAGGUGAACUGGGCACCUCCACAUCUAAAAGAGACUUCUGAUCUCGGUUGGAUGACUGCGGCUGUCCACGAUUACUCUUCUUACGCAGCUCUUCCAGUGGUUCCAACGCCUUAUCUGUAGUUGCCUUCAUUUGUUCAACUAGUUGUAACUGUGUUGUGUCUGCAGUGACAAUAAAGUCCAGCCUUC